CAACGACAACAACAAAUGGGAACAACACAAACAUUGAAUUCCGGUUCCGGAUCAUCAUCAUCAACAUUAUCAUCGGCAACCGAUAGUGGUGGAUGUAUUAUAGAGCCUUCAAAUUCAUAUGAACAGCAAAAACAACAUCAUCAUCAUCAUCAUCAUCAUCAGCCACAUUUGGUGCACGUUCAGCUAUUGGUGGUGCUUUUCGUGUAUUUAAAAAUAAUAGUGAAAAAAUAUUAUUAUCGCCAUUGAAAAGCAGUAAAUCUUCACAACAGUCGGCGGGUAAUAAUAAUAGUAGUCAGGUAUUCACCGAUACUGCUAUGAUGACGUUAUCUCAACAACAACAGCAACAGCAACAAACAUUAAUGACAUCCGGUACAUCGAUGGCCAUUAAAUCAACGACGUCUACAGCAUCAUCAUCAUCGGCUAACAUUCCUUCACAACAACAACAACAAAGACGUCCAUCACGUAAUGGACCACCACCGAAAGCACCGCCAAAAACACAAAGAGCACGAUUGAAAAAUUACCUAUUAAAUCUACGAAAACCGGCCACAUUAUCGGAAUUAUUUUUAAAUGUAGAAUUUUUACGUAAACAUUUUUUUCCAAAAUAUUAUCAUCAUUUAUCGUUAUCAUCCUCAAACAAUUCGAUAGCCGAAUUUUGUCGUUUAUCACAGGUAUGUAAAACCUGGUGUCACAUCCUAUAUAUGGAUAGCCAUUAUUGGCAAGAUUUAAUAUUUACCAUUCAUUAUGGUGAAUUAAGACAAAUGGAAAAAUCACAACAAGAACAGCUGAAUAAUAAUAAUAAUGAUGAUGAUGAUGUGGAACAAAGUGCCAAAUUAUUUAAAUGUCCAACAAAUACGACCAAUGGUUUUGCUGAUGUUAAUUCAAUGACAAAAAUGAAUGAUAAUGGAAAAAAAUCCACCACCAUCAACAAAUCGGAUGCAUUUUUAUUAUUGAAUUAUUCAUCAUUGAUUAAUGCUGAUGAUCAAAAUGGUAAUAAUAAUUCUCAAUCAGAAAUGGUGGAUACGAAAUCCAAUGAUGAUGAUGAUAAUAAUUCUAUGAUAAUUACGAAAACAACAGUAGCAACAACAACAACAACAACGAAAAUGAUUAAUCCUCAACGUAAACGGCUUUAUUAUUCAAUAAAAUUACGACAAUUUCAAACAAUUUGUCUACAAAAUCCAAGUGAUAAUGAUCUAGUCGAAUUGGUUAAUUUUUAUAAAAAUUUUCAUCAUCCAAAUGAAGAUAAUAAUAAUAAUCUAAAUUUGAAUCCAAUGAAUUCAUCUUUAUCUACAUCAUCAUCAUCAUCAUCAUCAUCAUCGAAUACAAAUGAAAAACAAUCGAUAAAUUUGAACCAUAUUAUCAUACGUAAUGGUACCAUUACCGAUAAUGGUCUGGAAAUUUUAUUGACAACAUUUGCCAAAACAUUAAAUUCAUUCGAAUUGAUUGGAUGCAAUGAGCUAAGUAAUUCGGGUCUUUGGUCUGGUCUUGUACCGAAUCUACGUCUAUUAACAAUACAGGAUUGUAUUAAUAUUUCGGAUGAUACGGUUACAAUAUUAUGUCAAUUAUUGACAUCAUUACAAACAUUUCAAUUUCAGGCUUAUCAUGUAACCGAUAUUGCAAUGGCAUAUUUUAGUACAUCAUUAAUGAGACAAUCAUUACGUGUAUUAACAUUACAACAUUGUUGGGAGAUAACUAAUCAAGGUGUUGCUAAUGUUGCCCAUUCAUUGCCAAAUCUAACAUCAUUAUCAUUAUCUGGUUGUUCUAAAGUAACCGAUGAUGCAAUUGAAGUUGUUGCCGAACAAUUACGAAAUCUAACACAAUUGGAUCUUAGUUGGUGUCCAAGAAUAAGUGAUGCUGCAUUGGAAUUUAUUGCCUGUGAUCUAGCCGAUACAUUACAAACAUUAGUAUUGGAUAGAUGUCUUCAUGUAACCGAUAUUGGUCUCGGUUAUCUAGCCACAAUGGCCAAUUUAACACAUUUAUCCGUUCGUUGGUGUCCACAGAUUCGUGAUUUUGGUCUACAAGCAUUAACAUCAUUACGAUCAUUACGUACAUUGUCUAUUGCAGGUUGCUCACAUGUGACCAUAACGGGAAUGUCAUUCAUAACACGUAUGCGACAAUUGGAAGAGAUUGAAUUGACAAAUUGUCCAGCAGCAACAAAAGAUUUAUUGAAAUAUUUAGCCGAAAGCCUGCCGGAAUCAUGUACAAUUAUUACAUAAACUAAAUUAUUUAUUGAAAAAAAACAAACAAAAUAUUUUCAAUCACCAAUGAUCAUCUACCUCAAAUCCCUUGUCAUUUUUUUUCUCCGUCUAUCCAACUAACACCAACACCAACACCACCACCACCACUAAUAACAACAACAACAACAACAAAAAAUCACCACUUUCGUUGAUAUUUUUCGUUAAUAUUAUAAUUGUUUAUUAUAUUACUGUUAAUCAAACUUCAAAAAAAAUAAUUCAAUCUGGACUGUGACAAUUUCAAUGAAAAAAAAUUCCAAAUUCCCUUAUAGUCGAAUAUUAUUUCCCAUAUAUAUGUAGAUGAUAAUACAUAAUGAUACUUUCAAUUCUGGUUCAUUCAUUCAUUCAUUUAUUCUUCUUUACCACACUACCACUCUAUCAUCAACCAUCAUAAUUUCCGGCAACUAUACUAUUAUUACCACUUAUUAUUAUUAUUAUUAACAUCAUCAAGUCAAUCAAAUCGGCUAUGUCUCUUUCUUUUCUUCGUGAAAAAAAGCAGCUUAUUAUUAUUGUAUAUAUUUAUUUAUCAACAAAUAAAAAUUUUGUCUCCCCGUUGACAGCUUCAUAGCUUAUAUUUUUUCAUUGGUUUCCUAUCCAUUGCAUUUAUUUAUAUUUAUUUAUAUUAAUAAUAUCUACUUAUAUAUUAAAAAACAAUGAUCUUUGAUUUGUCAUCACAAGUUUCCCACAUUUAAAAUUUUAUUUGAAAACAAAAUUCAUUGAAAAAAUAUAGUUUUUAUCAUUAAAAGUGAGAAAUUGAAAUGAAAACAAAACAAAAUAAAAUAAAACACACACACACACACACACACAUCAAGAACUUCACAUGAAACACACCCACCAUUCAAUACCCUUUUUCAAUAAUUAUAAAUCUGUUAUAAUCAUU